GCUAGAAUGCCAGUGCGAGUUUGGCCAACUUAAAAUGGUCGUUUCAAGCAUUGAUUCCUUGCUGACGGAUCAGCUGAAGCUGGGCGAACGGAUUCAAAGCAUCAUUCGAAAUUAUAAAAAGGAUUCUGCUAAAAGAAAAUCGAAACCUGGCUACUAUAAGGAGCGCCUCACCAAGCUGGAACUUCUGGGGGACACAUUUUUCGCAGGAGAGCGUCAAAUUCAAAACACCAUUCGAGGCAUGGAAAUCGAACAUAAAUAUUUUAAGAACAACUUCUUCACGAUAACGAAGAAUGUGCUCGACGACACCAAGGCGGAAUUCGCUAAACACCUGAACCUAUUGGAAAAGGAGACCUCACCCGGCGUACCUGUCGAAGAAGAAGAUAUAAAACGUAAAUUAAUCUCACCCACCAAAGAAGAUGUUAAAUUAGAUAUUAAGUUAGAGUCCAAUCCAGCAAUUAAAAGAGAUAUUAAAUCAAUGUUUAGGGAGCAGAAGGUAUUAAUGGACAGGUUAGACAUCAUUAUAAACAAAAUGACUGCCGAAACGCGGUUGGGUCUCAACCCAGUCGCCUUGCCAUACUUGAGUGAGAUGAAAAGUAUGCACAUGCAGAUAUAUAACAACUUUAGGGACUCUCAGUAACUCUAUUAUUAAGUAAAAUAUUAUUGAUAUUCCUAAGCAGUAAGUUAAAAAAUAACAAAUUUAAUAAACACUCAUUUCUAAUUGAUAUUUAAAA